AUGGAAAAAGAAACUGAACUGCUCUCGCGCCUAGUCGCGAACCAUCUACACCUAGCACAACUCGAGCCGUUACGAGCCACGAUUCUCGCUCUACGAACCAAAGACCGUGAACUUGCUCGAGCAAUCCUUCAAACGAUCGUUGCCAACUCGGGUCGGUUCGAGAACAUUGCCUGGUCACCUUCUUGUCCAUCACCAGCUCUACUAACCUACCUUUCAACUCUCGAACUCUUGCAAUUUAAUAAUCCGACAUCGAUAUGGAGCUUCGAUCCCGACACAUUGCGAAUACGAGCGGAAUUUUUGUUGUUAGUUCAAGUUUUGAUCGAUAAGAUAUUGGCUAGUCUGAGAAGAGAUGUUAACUUGGAUAAUAUUGAAAAGAAGGAAAGUGAGAGUGAUGGUUUUGAGGAAGAGAAACCAGAGUUGUUGGAUAGAAGUGAGGAUUUGAAAGAGGGAAAUGGUGAAUUGGGAGAUUGUGUUAGGGUUUUAGAUAGGUUUUUGGAAUUGGGAAUGAGGAGAUUGAGACCGGAUGUAGUCAUGGAUGGUUGUGAUGAUGGUGGUGGAGAGGAGGAUAAGGCUGUUUUGGAGAAGGUUUUGAUUGAGGAAGAAGAAUUGGUUUGUUUGAGGAAGGUGAUCAUGGAUUAUGCAGAUCUUUUCGAUGCCUUAUGCACGAAUAUUCAGAGGCAAUUGAAAGGGUUGGACGAUGUUGAUUUGGGGAUGGCUAUAAUGGUACGAAGAGAGAAGGUGAGAGUGGAUUCAUUUGAUGAGGAACAUAAGGGAGUUCUUAGUUUAAUGCAAAAGAGUGUUCAGUUGGCUCAUCUGGAUACUAUGAAGGUAUCUACGAAGGAUGGGGAUAUUGAAGGAGCAGUUUCACAUAUUCGUUUUCUUCACCUUGAUCAUGGAGUCGAGGAGGUUGUGUAUCGGUCACUCUUAAAAGAUCUACUCAAGAGGGUUUUAUCAGAAAUGGAAAUAUUUGGAGAGUCCAGGCGUUCCCAAGAAGAAAAAUUGUUACGGAUUUAUGAAGAAGCUUUGUCAUCAAAUUGCAGGCAUAUUGUUCAAAUAAUUCAGUCUGCUUGGGAGAUUCCUUAUGAUAGUUUGGAUAGUUUCAUACCAUCGUGUUUGGUGACAAUUUUAACUCUCACUACUUAA